AACAUCGUACUCUGCCAUGGCUGAUAACAAGCAUAAAGCCGACAGCGCAUCCUGCAGUGUGCUAAGCUGGGACCAAGUCAGUCGCCUGCACGCGAUCCUGUCGGAGGUGGUACCGAUCCACGGGCGAGGCAAUUUCCCGACUCUGAAGGUAACCUUGAAGGACAUUGUCCAAACCGUCCGCGGCAGGCUGGAAGAAGCCAACAUUCAGGUGCGUGACGUCCGUCUGAAUGGGUCAGCAGCCGGUCAAGUUUUGGUCAAAGACAACGGCCUAGGCUGUAAGGAUCUGGACCUUGUCUUUCGAGUGACCCUCGCGAGCGAGGGGGAGUUCCAGUUAGUCCGAGAUGUGGUUCUGCAGUCCCUUUUGAACUUCUUGCCUGAAGGGGUGAGCAAACUGAAAAUUAGCCCCAUGACACUUAAGGAAGCCUACAUUCAAAAGCUGAUGAAGGUGUACACGGAAGCGGACCGAUGGAGCUUGAUCUCCCUCUCCAAUAACCAUGGUAGGAACGUGGAACUGAAGUUUGUGGACCGUAUAAGGCGGCAGUUUGAGUUCAGUGUGGAUUCCUUCCAGAUAAUACUAGAUUCGCUGCUCUUGUACUAUAGCUGCUCAGAAAACCCGAUGUCUGAGCAUUUCCAUCCAACUGUGAUUGGAGAGAGUGUGUACGGUGACUAUGGGACUGCUUUUGACCAUCUCCAGAACAGAUUGAUAGCUACCAAGAACCCUGAGGAGAUCCGAGGAGGAGGCCUCCUGAAGUACAGCAAUCUCCUCGUGAGGAAUUUCCAACCCAUGGACAGGCAGGAGAUCAAAAGCCUAGAGCGCUACAUGUGUUCCAGGUUCUUCAUAGACUUCCCGGAUAUCCUGGAGCAGCAACUCAAGUUGGAGCGGUAUCUCCAGAACCACUUUGCUGAAGAAGACCGUACCAAAUACGACUACCUCAUGACCUUGCGCCGGGUGGUGAACGAGAGUACGGUGUGCCUCAUGGGACACGAGCGCAGGCAGACGCUGAACCUGAUUUCCCUCCUGGCGCUCAGAGUUCUGGUCGAGCAAAACAUCAUCCCUAGCGCUACUAAUGUCACUUGCUACUACCAACCUGCUCCGUACGUAAGCGAUGCAAAUUUCAGCAGCUACUACGUUCCAGAUACCUGUGGCCAGUCUUACUCCACCUGGUUGCCUUGUAACUAA